AAUUUCCAAUGGCAAUGAAUUUAGAGAAUGACACAUUUUUCUCUGUCGUUUCGUGUCUAGUGUCUACGAAUCGAAAAUAAAUUUCUAUAAUGGUGGAUCGUUUAGUAAAUAGCGAAGCAAAUGCCAGACGAAUUGCAAUGGUGGAGAACUGCUUCGGCAGUUCUGGUCAGCCACUGGCAGAGCAAGGAAGGGUCUUGGUGGGAGAAGGGGUCUUGACAAAAAUGUGCCGCAAGAAGCCAAAAGCCCGUCAAUUUUUUCUUUUCAAUGACAUCUUAGUAUAUGGCAACAUAGUCAUAAAUAAGAAAAAGUAUAAUAAGCAACAUGUUAUUCCACUUGAGGAAGUGAAGCUGGAGUCACUUAAAGAUGAAGGACAAUAUCGUAAUGGUUGGUUGAUACGCACUGCCUCCAAAUCUUUUGCGGUGUACGCAGCAACAGCCACAGAGAAAGAAGAAUGGAUGGCUCACAUAGAGAAAUGCAUAGAAGAUUUAUUAAGGAAAAGUGGUAAGCAGCCACCCUCAGAGCAUGCGGCUGUGUGGGUGCCUGACAAUGAGGCCGCGAUAUGCAUGCACUGCAAGAAGACACAGUUUACUGUUCUCAACAGGAGACACCACUGCCGCAAGUGUGGGUCGGUGGUGUGCGGGCCGUGCUCGUCAAAGCGCUGGGUGCUCCGGGGACAGAGUGACAAGCCGCUGCGUGUGUGCCUGCAGUGCUAUGACGACCUGACACGUGAGCGCGCCCGCGUGCCUCCCCUCGCGCAGCCCGCCGCCCACACACCACAUACAGCUGCAGUGAAAUCUGCAUUGGACACAGCAGGCUCGGGCGGCGACUCCUCUGCGGACGACGACAGCGAUGAUGAUGAUGACCGCGCACCCGCAGACCACAGCCACGACGAGGGUUUUACAAGUUAUAACGGUGUCAAAAAUGGAUUCACCAAUAAAGUGACAACCGUAUAGUAGCAAUUGUGACCGUCCAAAGUUCUACGGUGACGGCGAAAAGACUGAAGAGACCAACAAUCAUUCGUCCAAGGAAACAAAGUGAACGAGACCGAAUGAACGACAUCAUUCAUAGGGUUCAUACAUUAUACAUAAGUAUUAAAUACAUGCAAUUUAAAACAAUAAUUCCUUAUGUCAAACCAUUGUACUGCAUCUUGAUUAAUUAUUAGGUAAUUAACAGGUUUCGUACUAAAAUAUAAGUUUUUUACUACAAAUUUUAGAUUAUUUGGAAUUUUAUGUUACAUUUUUUU